AUGUCAGGGACCACUGGGAAUUUGGAUUGCGACGACUGUUCAUCAGCUGGACAUGUGGCCAAUAUCACGGACCUAAACGCGCACUCCAUGGACGCGGACGACGAACUUCUGAGAUACAUCUGGGGAGAAUACUUACACCCCAAGCAGUAUGAAUGGGUUCUAAUUGUGGCUUACAUUAUUGUCUUUUUUGUCUCACUCAUCGGAAACUCGCUUGUUUGUUUUGCAGUGUGGAAAAACCGUCACAUGCGCACAGUGACUAACUACUUCAUAGUCAAUCUUUCCCUUGCUGAUGUCUUGGUGACCAUCAUCUGCUUGCCUGCGAGUCUUGUGGUUGACAUCACAGAGACAUGGUUCUUUGGAAACACUCUUUGCAAGAUUGUCCCUUAUCUCCAGACCAUCUCCGUCUCUGUUUCAGUACUAACACUGAGUUGCAUUGCUCAAGACCGUUGGUACGCUAUCUGUCACCCGCUUAUGUUCAAGAGCACGGCCAAGAGGGCUCGCAAGAGUAUUGUUGCCAUCUGGCUUGUGUCGUGCAUCAUCAUGAUUCCACAGGCCAUUGUCAUGGAGUGCAGCAGCCUGCUACCUGAACUCACAAACAAGACAAGUCUGUUCACGGUGUGCGAUGAGCAUUGGGGAGCUGAGAUUUACCCGAAGAUGUAUCACACCUGCUUUUUCAUUGUCACAUACUUUGCACCAUUGUGUUUGAUGGUCCUGGCGUAUAUACAGAUAUGCCACAAGCUGUGGUUUCAACAGAUUCCUGGAAACACUUCAGCGAUUCAGAGGAAGUGGAGGUCUAUCCAGUGCUCCACUCCGAGUACAGGACAGGGAGAAUCCGUGAGGGUUAGGACCAGCACAGUUUGUGCUGAAAUAAAACAAGUCAGAGCCAGACGCAAAACAGCUCGCAUGUUAAUGGUGGUCCUCUUUGUGUUUGCUGUUUGCUACUUACCGAUCAGCGUGCUCAAUGUUAUGAAAAGAGUCUUCGGUACCUUCAAGAACACAAAUGACAGAGAGACAGUGUAUGCAUGGUUUACUUUCUCGCAUUGGCUUAUAUAUGCCAACAGUGCAGCAAAUCCCAUCAUCUAUAACUUCCUGAGUGGAAAAUUCCGGGAGGAGUUUAAAUCUGCCUUCUCUUGCAGUUUUUCCAGCCAACAGCACAAUCAGACAGAAAGGAUGAGGACCAGAGCGAGCUCGGACAGCCGGAGGUCCAUGUCAACUCAAGUUAACAACGUGGACAACUUGUCACGAAUAUCAGAUCAGAUGGUGUAAUCUUGCAGUCUAGUUUGGGAGUUCACACGUCACAUUCAGAGGACGCAGUGAUCAUUAAGGAAAAUGUGUGAGCAUAAUAAAUAAAAAAAGAAGAAAUGCCGGGGUGGGGGGGGUCUGAAUGAUUGUUUGAUUUUUAAGCGGAACUUCAAAGAUGAAGAUGAGCUUUUGAAAACUGACCACUGUUUUCUGUUACAAUAGGUAAAAUUGCAUAAAAUGUCCAUUUAUGGUAAAUGACACAUUUAGAUGUUUGGUGUUUAAUUCCUAAUAAUGUCUGUAUAUUAUUGCAAACUGUGAAGUGGCAGAAUUUGAUCCACAGAUAUAUAACAACCUAUUUUUACUGUGAGAUUAUUGUUGUUUCAGCAGUCAGAACCAUUUCUGAUUUUCAUAGUUUAUGUUAAUCGGUUGCAUGGCUUUCUACGGCAGAGAAAAUGCUGAACAGAAUAGUCUUUUGUGUGUGUGUGUGUGUGUGUGUGUGUGUGUGUGUGUGCAUAUGUGUGAAGAAAUGGAAAGGCAAUAUUUAUUGACAUCCUGAUCAUCCUUGUGAUUGCUGCC